AUGGAUGGCUCGGAUGCUCCUGACGACGGACAUAUUCCGGAUGAGGUCGUGUUCGGGCAUCACAUCUUCUCCAACUCCGAGCGUCCUGCUCCUGCACCGGCGCCCAGAGUCGGUCUCCCUCGUCCUCCUCCAGCCGUGACGCCGCCGGGUGAUCAAAUGGAAUGGACUGGUUCAAAUGUGACAAUUGCUUGUGAGUUGAUGGCUGAACAAGUUAGGAAGGGGAAUCAUCCAAACACGCAUUUGAACUGUGUAGGUUAUACCGAGGUAUCCGAUAGGUUCCUGCAGCUUACUGGAAUCAAGUUGUCGAAGACGCAAAUAAAGAACAAGUGGGAUAAGUUAAAGAAUGAUUUCACUGCUUGGCAAAAAUUGAAGAGGAGGCAAACAGGAAAUUCUAGGGUGUGGAAAGUUUAG